UAAAUUGAUGACUGUCCCCUCUGAUUCCUUAAGUGGACCAAGUGGUUGGCUGUUCAGAAAUAAGGAUCAUGGAAAAGCCAGUGCAGUUGCAAGUUUGGGGAUGAUUUUGUUGUGGGAUGUUGACUCUGGUCUAGUACAACUCGACAAGUUUCUUCACAGCAAUGAUAAUCAUGUUGUUGCGGGAGCUUUGCUUGGUGUUGGCAUUGUCAACUGUGGCAUCAGAAAUGAUUGUGAUCCUGCAUUAGCCCUUUUAGGCGAUUUCAUUGAAAAAGAUGAUACAAUUAUCAGAAUUGGGGCAAUUUUGGGUCUUGGCAUUGCAUAUGCCGGGACAAACAAAGAUGACCUAAGAGUCCGCCUUACUAGCAUUCUGGGAGAUUCAAAGUCACCCCUGGAGGUCCUUGUAUUUUCUGCCAUUACAUUGGGGCUUGUCCAUGUUGGUUCCUGCAAUGAAGAUAUUGCUCAAACAAUCAUUUUGGCAAUAAUGGAGCGCAGUGAAACUGAAUUGGGUGAACCCCUUACUCGCUUGCUUCCUGUAGCUCUUGGUCUUCUAUACCUUGGCAAGCAG